CAUCUUGGGUGCCUGGGCAGCAGCUCCUGAGGGCAGGCUUGCGGUGGGGGGGGGAGCCUCCUGGAGGUAUCCUGGCCUUCCUCGCAGGGUGGUUGCUGGACAGGAGGUCAGAAGGAGAGCUCGGCUGCAGCAGCUGGAAGAACACAAAAGCUCUGAGGUGGCCGCCGCAGAUGCCUGAACAGCAGCAGCAGCACCAUGUCGCACGAGAAGAGCUUCCUGGUGUCCGGCGAACCCUUCCCUGGCCAACAGCCUCCCGUCCCCCCUGGCUACGCCCAGCCUCCCUACCCAGUGGCCCCCUACCCACAGCUGCAGUUCCAGCCUACUGUCUAUGGCAAGACGGAUCUCCCUCCGGGAGCCUACCCACGGGUCCAAUACCCAGCCUCAGCACCGUAUCCAGAAGGCCACAAUCCAGAGGGUCCCUAUCCUCAGGCACAGUACCCACAAGGGCCCUAUCUGAAGAACCCCAACAUGGAAGUCAUUGUGGUCCACGGAGCACCGCUGCCCGGCAACGGACCGCCCUCCUACUACGAGAACCAGGAGUUCCCCACCACCUACUGGGAUGAUAAAAGCUGCCGCCAGUCCUUCAUCCGCAAGGUCUUCCUGGUGCUGAGCGCCCAGCUGAGUGUGACCCUGGCCAUUGUGAUCGUCUUCAGCUUUGUGAAGGAGGUGAAGAUGUUUGUGCGGAGCCACAUCUGGAUCUUGUAUGCCUCCAUUAUCGUCUAUCUCGUGACUUCCCUCACCCUCAUUUGCUGCCGGCAGUUCCAGCGAAAGCACCCCUGGAACCUCAUUGCCUUGUCCCUCCUGACGCUCAGCCUCUCCUACCUGAUGGGCAUGCUGGCCGGCUUCUACCGCACCAACACGGUCCUCAUGGCGGUGGGCAUCACUGUCGCCGUCUGCUUCUCCGUGGUGAUCUUCUCCAUGCAGACCAAGCUGGACUUCACCCAGUGCUGGGGGCUGCUCUUUGUCGCUGUGGUGGUCCUGAUCCUCUUCUCCAUCCUUUGCAUGUUUGUCCGGAGCCGCAUCCUGGAUAUUAUCUAUGCCUCCCUCGGAGCCCUCAUCUUCACCUGCUUCUUGGCCUUUGACACCCAGCUGCUCCUGGGCAACAAGGAACUGGCCCUCAGCCCGGAGGAGUACAUCUUUGCCGCCCUCAUCCUGUACUUGGACAUUGUUCAGAUUUUCCAGUUCAUCUUGCAGCUCUGUGGCAAUAGAUAGGCUUGCCUCCUCA